AUGGACGAAGAUAAUGAAGAUGCAAAGUUUGGUGAGGAGGAUAUAGAUACUAUUCUGGAGCGGCGUGCUCAAACGAUUAAACUGGAACCUGGAGUAAAAGGAUCUACCUUUGCGAAAGCAUCGUUUACGUUGUCACAUAACCGUGAUGAUAUUGAUAUCAGUGAUCCUGACUUUUGGUCUAAAUGGGCUAAAAAGGCCAAUAUUGAUGUAGGUGCUCUGCAUGGUGAUUUCUCAUCAAAACAUUUGAUUGUGCAUGAACCGCGAGCACGUAAAAAGCGAUUCGAGGAGGACAACUUUAAAGGAAAUUCUGAGAGUGCAGACGAUACAAUUUCCGAUGAUGAUGAUCGCCAUGUAAAAGGUUCUUCUAGAAUAGCAGAAAAUGUCAAAAGUCGCAGCGUUCGUAAGAAGAGACGUGCUACAGGAAUGGCAUCAGCUGGUGCAGAGGAUGACUAUAAAUAUCCAUUCAAUGAGGAUGACACGCAUAUUCAAGGGGAUGAAGUGCGCCAACGACACAAAGCUUCUGCAAGUAAUCGGCACCCUGAGCUCGCUUGUACAAUUGUUCAACUCAAAAAGGUUUCUUCAACUAACAAUUUAUUUACUAAAUAUAUGGAGCUUCGUUUUUAUUUCUGA